CCCCUUCUUCCAGCCCUUCCGUGGCUGCUCCCGCCCCUCCCUACUCUCUCCCCUGCUCCAUUCCAGCCCCUCCCCAGUUCUCCUUCCGCCUCAGUCCCUUACUUCCCUUCUACCUCCUCUCCUCAGCCUCGCCCACUCUGCCGUUCCGCCCACCCCAAGCCCUCCGCUCUCUCCCCCCAGUACCUUCCCCCUUCCCUCAACACCGUCCUCCGUACUGCCUGACCCUUUUGGGACCCCGUAGCUCACUUCCGGCAAUGACGGAAGUGACGUUGACGGAGCCGCGGGAUUCAAACUCCCGGAAGCGGAGGUGUGAUUGAGUGGAGGGGGAUUUAUAGCGGUGUUGUUGCCGCUGCCGCCCAGAGCGAAGAUGUGAAAAAUUAUUUAAACUUGAAGCACCACCUUUGUCUAAUCCCUGGAAGGAACUUCUUGUCUGUCCACUCCAAAGCCUCUUGGCUCCUUUGAGUAGGGAGGAUCUCUGCUACUCCAAAACCCAUCAGAUUGGAACGCUUGGAGGAUGACAUCAAAGGCCACCAAAGAUAUAAUUACUGGCAAGUGGGGAUUCAAAUCUAGUAACUCCAAAUCUGAGACUGAGUUGGAGAAGUAUAAAAGAGAGAAUGCAGCCCUCAAAAAGUCAAUGGAGGAAAUUAUUAAAGGGAAAAGCAAAAUGACUGAUACAGAAAGGAAUAGACUUUUAGAGAAAAUACUUGCCCUUGAAACUGAAAAGGAAAAAUAUAUCUGUCGACUUGGGGAGAAGGAAAAAGAAAUCCAAAGCCUACAAGACAAGCUUAAAACCAGAAAUAAAAGUAGUGAUGUCACUUCACUACUUAGUCAACUUGAAGAGAAAACAAAGGAAGCAGAGAGGAGAGAACAACUACUUAAUUCCCUGUCAGAAGAGAUGGACCAUUUGAAGCAUAAUUUAUCUACAGUUACUGCAAGAUGCUCUGAACUCGAAAACCGAGCCAGCACCUUCCAGUUGUCCCAGAAAGCUGCAAUGAACUGCACUGCAUCACCAAGUAAUCUUAAUGAAGUUGAAAAACAAUUGAAAGAUGCUCUGGAGAAAAACCAGCAGUGGCUGUUAUAUGACCAGCAGCGAGAGGCAUAUGUCAUGGGACUGUUGGCAAGGAUCUUUGAACUUGAGCAGCAGUUAGAAACAGUUAACCAACAGCAGGCAAAAGAGGCCACUGCAGAAGGUUACCUUCAAGAAGAAAAACAAAAAUAUUAUGACCAGCUUUUACUGACUGCCAAGAAUGAUCUUGACACUGAAAGACAAACUAUAACCCAGCUGAGAUCUGAACUUAAUGAAUUCAAAAAGAAAUAUGAAGAAACAAAACGAGAAGUAAUGAGUUUAAAUAGCUUAUUGCAGUCACAACGCAAUGUUGCUACGCAGACUCUAGAAGAUGAAAAUAAAAUCAAAGGAGAUAAAAUACAGAGGUUAAAGGAAGAGAAUGUAACUACCAGAGAAAAGCUCAAAGAAGAAAAGAAGAAGACUGAAGAUCUCUUAUCUCAGGUCCAAUUUCUUCAUAAAUCUUUGUUCAAACAACAAGAACAACACACCAGGAUAGCUUUGUUGGAACAACAGAUCCAAAUGUGUACUGCAGAUUUUGAGAAUGAAAAGCUUGAUCGCCAGAGCUUGCAGCAUCAGUUGAAUAAAGUUCUUAAGGAGCUACGCAAGGCAAGGGAGCAAAUAACACGACUGGAGCCCUUGAAACUCCAAGAAUUUGGACGUACAGAGCCAUCAAAUGGUUUGCAAGCAGCAUUCGAAGAUAUGUUGACAAUAAAAGACAAAAAUCUCUCACUGAAACGUUCAAAUCUACUUGAUGAAAGCUUCCUUGAGUGUCCCAAAUGUAAAGUACAGUAUCCAACAAGCCAGCAUAGAGAGUUACUAGCUCAUAUUGAUUUCUGUGCAGAUUAAGCUCCAAAUGGAAUUGCCAUAUGUUUACUGCAUUUUAAAUGCAGCCAGGAUUCUAUCCUACAAAAGGAAAAAAUGGCUUUUUAACUCCUUUUCUUUUUUAAGGUUGUAUAAAAGACUAGCACAUUAGUUUCAUAUUCCAAUUUAACAAGAAUGGGAAAUUAUUGUAAUUUAUUUUGCUUUGUAUAAAUAUUUCACUCAGCAUUUUUGUGAAAAGUUAUCUGGAACCACAAGUUCAGUGAAUGAGAAUUUAUCAGAAAUAGGAAUAUUUUAAAAUGGUAAACUACUGACUUUGUUUUUGCACUAUUAAAGCUAUGUAUUGGGGCCAGUAGAAAUAACAGCUAACUCCCAUAAACCGUCUUCCUCUGUUUCCCAUACCCAGCUACCUUGCUCCACAUAAACAGGCCUCAAAAUGAAGAGUGAUAUACUUCUAGAGCCUCAUAGAUAGAACCACCAUAAUUGAGAAUAGCUAUACAAAUUUGGUUUUGGCCCUAAUACAAUAAUUGCAUUCCACUAGAGAAUAGGUUCAACAUCUUGAUACCGUAAACUGUUUUGCAAGAGGAGUUAAGAUGUUUUUUCUACUGAUGGGUGGUGUUUUCAAUGUGUGUCUUACUCAGCACUCCCUUGUAUCAAACAAUCUGGCGCGAGCUAGGGCUGUUAUGGAAAUGGUGGUCAGUGAGCAAACUCUUCUCAAACCAAUAUUAAAUGUGGAAAACAAAUUUCUUCCCAGCAAAUAUUAGUCUACUGAAAAAUUGGAAGCCCCAGUUUCAGAGAGCAACCAGGCACCUUUUUAGAAGCUGAAAUGUCAGUUUAUUAUGUUGAAGCACACUCCUGUUUGCACUUCUAUAUCCUACUUCUUAAAGUUGGGAAAUAUAACUUACCAGAAAACCUGUUUUAUUUCUGUGGGGGGUUUUAAGAGUCCCUAUUUUGCAAAUGGAAUAUUAAUAAAAUGCAGUUGGGUUUCUCA